AUGGCUCAACACAUGAUGAUUCACAACAUGAGGCCUGCGAGUGGCUUGGAACAGAGUCUACUCCAGCUACAGUGGAGCCUGAAUGAGCUACGGACGUCUUUGGAGCGCGUGCAGAUAGCACAACAUAACGCGAACUGGACCAGCGAAGCCCGUUUAGGGCAGCUCAACGUUGCCAUCAGGGAUAUCCAGAGACGCAUUACCGCGCCCCAGGUCAGAUUUACGCCCCAGGUCAAAGUUACGCCCCAGGUCGAAGUUGAGCCCCAGGUCAAGGUUGAGCCCCAGGUCAAAGUUGAGGGUCCGCGGGUUUACUUCCGACAAGUGCAGCAUGGCGCUCCAGAGGCCAAUCCUGUUGGCCAGCGUGGCCAGCAAAGAUCUGGCAGUGCUGCUCAGGCGCUGCUAGCCCCUCCGUCGUUACGCAAAGGGGUCAUAGUCGAGAACAUCAGAGUGAGAGAACUAAACAGACUCAAAAUAUCUCAAAACCUGGCGGAAGUCAUGAACAUACCGCUGAUCCCUCUCGUCAACAUUACCACGGGCGCCCCUAUCACCCCUUUCCCGAAAGAUUGGAAGGCCAUAAAGGCGUUAGAUGAUGCGAGUUUGCGGGCCAUUCUUGCCGAACUGGGCCUUGUGUAUCCUCAACUGACCACAGAUUUGUGCCGUAUUAUACUCCUCGAUGAAGUCUUUUAA